AUGCCAGUAACAAGUUUAACUGAAACCAUUCCAAAUAAAUCAAAUGUAUUUCUUUCAACAGAAAAACUUCUUCUUGAAGUUCCACAAGGUUUAUAUCAUACAAUGGCGAUUCUUAUUUUAAUUCUAUGGUAUAUUUCAUCUGGUGCAACAUUAUUUUCAAAUAAAUAUAUUCUAAGUCAUUUGGAUGGUGAUGCUUUUUUAUUAGGUACAAGUCAACUUGUUGUAUCUGUAAUUAGUGGUUAUAUUCAAAUGCGAAUUAUACAUAUGAUGAAUAAUGAAAUACAUAGACCUCCACCAAUUAUGAAAAAUGUAUAUCGUGAUAUGCUACUUAUUGGUGCAUUUCGAUGUGUGACUGUGAUUUUAGGUUUAAUUGCAUUGAAAUAUAUAGCUGUAUCAUUUCUUGCAACAAUUAAAUCUUCAUCGCCAUUAUUUACUGUUGUUAUUAGUCGAAUUAUGCUUGGUGAAAGAACAAGUAAUUGGACAAAAUUGUCAAUGAUACCAAUAACAAUUGGCCUUUGUUUAUGUAGUUCAUUUGAAUUAAGUUUUGAACUUUUUGGAUUUUUAUGUGCAUUAGGUACUAAUAUAUUUGAUUGUUUACAAAAUGUUUUUUCGAAACUUUUAAUUAGCGGUGAAAAUCAUCGUUAUACAGCUGUUGAAUUACAAUUUUGGGCAAGCUUUGUAGCUUGUAUUUUUCAAUUGCCUUUACUUUAUUAUUAUGUUGAUAUAUCAUUAGCAUUAGAAUUAACGACAAAAAAAUUAUUUAUAUAUUAUAUUUUUAAUGGAUUUUGUUAUCAUAUACAGUCUGUUGCUGCAUUUGCUCUCAUGGCUUAUAUAUCUCCAAUAACACACAGUGUUGUAAAUACGGUUAAACGAGCAUUAUUAAUAUGGUUAUCUGUUAUUAUUUUCAAUAAUCCCAUAACAUUUUUAAGUGGUAUUGGAACAUUAAUGGUUAUUACUGGUGUUAUUCUAUAUAAUGAUCAGAGAGAUGGAGAUAAAAAACCCGGAAUUUUAAAUGUGAAUACUGCUACAUUGAUUACAUGGAGAGAUGUUUAA